GGUGCCCGCUCUGCGAUGCAAUCAGAAGCAGGAGACGCUUUCUCACCUUCUACUCGGGUGUGUGGUUGCUCGGCAGGUGUGGGAGGCUCCGGUGGAUGGAGUCCUGAUCUUGACUCUACUUUGCUUGAGUGGUGGCUCACUGGCUCUCCCUCUCUGUGCCCGCCGUGUUUCGAGAUACCUCUGGACAACCACCACCUUGGUUUUUUGGAGUCUCUGGACACACCACGACGACAACGUGGUCUUCAAUGACGCCUCUCCUCCUCUCCGGGGGUGCUUCAAGUUAUUCAAGAGGAGGACAUCCGAUGGGAGCGUACGGCCGGCUGGUCUCCUUAGAGGUAGAGUUUCUUGUCGACCAUAAGGGUCCACAUAGGCUCCACGCUGGCCCAGGUCGUCCACCGUGUCCGGACCCGACCCCCCUGAGCUGGUUCGACCAGACCGAGCCCGAGCUGGUUCGACCGGACCGAGUCCGAGUUGCUCUUACUUGGCUGGAUCAGACCCCGAGCCGUAGCCACAUCCGAGCAGCGACGAGUUCCUCUUACUGCGCCGCCGCCGUAGCCGAAGCAGCCACGUGCGUAGAAGAUGGUGUCCUGGAGUGAAGAUUCCUCAAGCGACAACUCGCUCCCGCGUGACUAUUCAGACGUGUGUCCGGACUGGUUGUAUGAUUCCGAUUUCCCUGGAGAGGAGGAAGAGAUCCGUUGCCAUCAUGGGCUUCGCGGAUCAAGGCGAGUGGCCAGAGGCGGCGAGCAUACAGGCAGACGCUACAUUGGUUGCUCGAACAUUAUUCAGGACUGUGGUUUUGUGCACUGGGUUGAUCCGGAGUGGCCAAACCCAAUGAAGAAGAGGCUGCUUCACCUGUGGAGCAAUCAUGAAAUGGGGCAGAAUUGCCAGAGAGAGAUUGAGAAGGCUGGUAUGAUGGAUGCUGAAAGGAGGAAGGCAAUGGAAGAGAAGAUGAAGGCAGAACAACUGUUUUUCAAAGCUGUUGAAGACAAGAACAUAGCUGAAUUUGCACUGAGAAAAGCAGAAGAAGAAAGAAAGAAGGCAGAGGAGAUGAAGAUGCAGCUAGAGCUCCAGCUUGCUGACAUUGAAACUGAAUCAAAACUGAAAGUUAAAUGGCUGAGACAACUGGUACUACAGAAGGAACGAUGCCUAAUGUAUGUUGGUGGUGUAGUCUUGCUUUUACUAGGUUUUGUCCUAGCUGUGGUAGUAGAGAAGAAUUAUGUGUAGUGAUGACAGAAUAUGUAGUAAGAGCCUGUAGUAAUG